UUCCUAAGGUAGGCAAGAGAUGCUUCUAGUGUUAUCCACUGCCUGGCUUUCGGUUCUUCACCGAUCUCGACCGUCCAUCCUCGCCAUGGCCUCCGUAUCCUCGGCGCCUUCCGCCGCCAUCGCCGGAGGCAGCGGGGUUGAGUCCCCGGAGGGGAAGCGGGUGGUGGUCUGCGGGGGCGGCGUCAUCGGCGCGUACACCGCCUACUUCCUCGCGACGAAGGGCACCGCCCGCGUCACAGUGGUGGAGAAGUCCGCCGUCGCCUGCGCCGCCUCCGGAAAGGCCGGUGGAUUCCUCGCCCUCGACUGGUGCGAUGGCAGCCCCCUCGGUGGCCUCGCCCGCGCUAGCUUCCACCUCCACCGCUCCCUCGCCGCGGCCCUCGACGGUCCCACCAACUACGGCUAUCGACCACUCGACACCCUCUCCCUCUCCCUCCUACCCGACGCAUCCUCCGCGGCGGCCGCUCCAGCCUCGCCUUCCCUUCCUCCAUGGGUCGAUGGCCCCGCGGCCCGGCCGCCGCGGACGAUCGGGACCACUGAUACCACUGCCCAAGUCCAUCCACAGCUCUUCACCCGGACACUCCUCUCCGCCGCCGCCGCGGAGCACGGGGUGGAGGUGGUGAUCGGCGAGUUGGACCGGGUAGAGGUGGAGGACGGCCGGGCAGUUGGUGUGGCUCUCAAGGGCGGCGGCGGCCCUUUCAUUCAGGCGGACGCUGUGGUUUUAGCCCUCGGCCCGUGGUCGAAUCGAUCGCCCAUCGUCUCCUCCCUCUUCAACGUCUCUAGCCUCAAGGCUCAUAGCAUCGUCCUCCGGCCGAAAUCCCCCGCCGCCAUUACCCCUCACGCCCUCUUCCUCACCUACCAACCAGCGCCUGGGGCCAAGACCUUGGACCCCGAAGUCUAUCCAAGACCCACAGGAGAAGUGUACAUCUGCGGUAUGUCCAAGGAAGACGAGGUGCCCGACGAUCCCGAAGAGAUCGUGGGAGAGAGGGAAUCGAUCGCGAUGCUGCAUAAGAUAGCGGGCACUGUGUCGUGUCAUCUGAAAGAGGGGGAGGUGGACGUGGUGGCAGAGCAAGCUUGCUGCUUGCCUUGCACGGAUGACGGGUUGCCUGUAAUUGGGGAGAUUCCCGAGGUCAAGGGAUGCUACAUUGCGACUGGGCACAGCUGCUGGGGGAUUCUGAAUGGCCCUGCCACCGGAGCCUCGCUUGCCGAACUCAUCUUAGAAGGUCACUCCACCACUGCUGAUCUCAAACCUUUCAGUCCCUCCAGGUUUCUCCGCAGGCGCACCAGGUCACGGUAGACUGAGCCUUUAAUCAUGUGGCCCAAAACGUUGAAGCCUAUAUACAUGUCAUCACAAGGCCUCUCAAACUUCUGGAAUGGAAUUAAUUGGGAUACCACAGUCUUCCUCAUUCAAAGCAACAACUAGUCUGAUGUCUAGAUUCAUUGUCUACACAGUGAUGAAUUGGAAACUGGACAGAGAACAAAAAGGAAAAUUUAAUGAGUCAGAGAACCUGCAAUGCUUCCAUUAAGCUUCUGAGAAUCACAAUUAUAAAGGAUCAGCAUGUGCUCGUCCUCUAAUCAAGAGAUUGAAGUCAAUGGCUCAAGUAGCAGCUCGGGGUCCCAGAAUCAUGUUCUGCUAUUAACCAAUGCUUUCCUGUUUCUUAAGCCUGACCACAUGCACAUAACGUGGAAGUCGGCAGCUUGAGCCUGGUUGGUGAAACUAUAAUUUCCUCAAUAUAUCUUUAGAUAAUACUUGAGCACAAGGUUCAUGGACAAGGAGACAAAGCUUUGAGUGAUGCCAACUACAAUGACCCACACUUGAAGACUUGGUUGGUCAAAGCAUAUGGUGGUCAACUUUCUUAAAAUCUCCAACUGGGGUUUGAGAUCAAAAUUACUUUAGACCAUGUGGCCUCUCUAAUCAGCUCAAGUAGGGAGUAGAAUCAUAGUUGAGAUGGAAGUGAAGUUUGAAAAUAAUUAUUUUUUGAGGAAAAAAUAUUUAUGCAUUCCCUUGAGACAUUGAAUUGUACUGUAUAUCCUUCUAAAACUAAAAAUGUAAUCAUCUUAUUUUUUUGUUUCCUAACUGAAAUAACAUUAUUUGCUUC